UCUGUACACAAGCAGCCCAGUCAAAGCACUGCAAUAUGUUGUUGAUGAAGCUCCUCGACUUGCUGUUGAUCUGUGAUAAGCCGAAGGUGACGUUUGGCUUCCAAAACUUUACGGGUCAUGGCGAUGAUUACCGUCUCAAGAUGAUUACUGGGGUUAAGAUCAUAGACACGUACGGCUACCCGGUGGAGACGCACACGGUUCGCACUGGAGAUGGAUAUAUUCUGGAUAUGUUCCGGAUUCCCUCAUCACACAACUGCAAGGAGGACGGUAUCAAGCCGCCUGUCCUCCUCCAGCACGGCCUGGUUGGCCUGGCAGACUCCUUCCUGAUGACGGGACCGAAGAGCGGACUGCCGUUUAUGCUGGCCGACCGCUGCUACGACGUGUGGCUGAGCAACAACCGGGGAGUCCGCUACUCCCAGCGCCACAUCAACCUGAAGGCCUCCCAUGAUGUCUUCUGGCACUUUAGCUGGCACGAAAUGGGAAUGGAGGAUCUGCCCGCCAUGAUCAACUACAUCCUGUCCGCCACAAAGGAGGAGGCGCUGCAUUUCGUGGGCCAUUCUCAGGGAUGCACCACCCUCAUGGUCCUGCUCAGCAUGAAGCCGGAGUACAACCGGCUGAUAAAGACCGCCAACCUAAUGGCUCCCGCCGUAUUCAUGAAGCACGCAAGGAGCAAACUAAUAAAAACGUUCGGAAAAAUCAUUAUGAGCUUGAAGGACGAAAGUUUUUUUGGCCCAUUAGGUAUCAUUAACUUCGUGCUAUCCAUUUUUUGCGCAAACUCCAAGCUCAGGGAUUUUUGCGUCUCCAUGUUCCUGUUAGCCAGUGAAAUACCAUCUACGAUUAUGAACAUGACCGCAAUACCAUUGAUAUUAGCAACGCAUCCUGGUGCGGUCUCCACUCGACAGCCAAAGCACUUUCUGCAACUCUGGAAAUCUGGAAAAUUCCGUCCGUAUGACUUCGGAGUCAAACAUAACAAAAAACUAUACAAUCAGUCCAAGCCUCCCGACUAUCCGUUGGAAAACGUCCGUCCGCUGUCGCCCAUACAAAUAUACCACAGCCAUGGGGACCCCUUGGUAUCGCGCAAGGACAUCCACACUCUGAUCAGCAAGUUGGACAAAGUGACGUUUCAUCACGUUGCGUAUAAAAAGUGGAGCCACACGGACUAUCUAUUCUCCAACUUAAUCGGAAAAGUUAUCAAUGAACCAAUUAUCAAAGUUAUUGACCUCUUUGAGAAUAAAACAAAUCCCGAAUAGAUUUCAUAGUUCCUG